AUGGCACCGGAAGAGUUGUCGUCGACUCGCUACAUCGCCCACGAUAACGAACCGCCCUCGGAUCUUGAAGCAACCCGCAAGACGAUCCUCGAGGCGCUCACCGCCGCGGUUGAGCGCGUCGAAAGGCACUACGCCGGCACCCACCAUACCACGGGCAGCGUGUACGUUGGCGUCGAAGGGAUCAUCCUAAUGAACCACCACAUCCGUCAUCUUCCCGGCGCCAAAUCCGUCGACGCCCUCGCAUCCUCGACGCUGGACAAGAACUCGCGCCGGCACCUCAACGCCGCGAUCCUCCACAGCCGCAUCGCGCCCCCGCGCACCUGCUCCCGGUCCUCCUUUCUCGAGACGAGCAUCGGCACCGCCACUCUCGUCCUCCUCUACCUUCUCGGCUCGAGCUCACCCCUGCACUACCCCAAGAACUGGGAAACGUGCGUCAAUGCCAUCAGCGGCGCCCUCCGCCUGGCGUCCCGCGAGGAAAUGAGCGAGGACGGCUGCGAGGUCCUGUACGGCCGCGCCGGGCUGCUGUACGCGCUGCUGCGGCUACGAAGCGCGCUUCCGAAGGCGACAAGGGAGCAGGUGGAGGUCGUGCGUGCGAUCGAGCCGCUCGUGGCGGAUACGAGUUUGACGACCCUCGUGGACGACAUCGUCGAGAGAGGGGCCGCCGGCGCGAAGGAGUACGCACACGAGCUGAACGGGAACGGUCCGCCUCUGAUGUGGUCAUGGCAUGGCAAGAGAUACCUCGGCGGUGCGCAUGGUGUAGCCGGCAUCCUCCAGAUAUUGCUCCAAUGCCCUUCGUCGACCAUCAAGCCGCAUCGGGAGGCCAUCGCGAAGACGUUAGAAUGGCUCAUCGGCAUACAAUGCUCCGACGGGAACUGGCCGCACAAGGCGUCGAUCCAUCCCGAGAUCGACCCAGACGAGGACAUGGUGCAGUACGCACUCCACCCCCAUCUACCCUUUCCGUCCCCUCAUCCACCCUUUCGCAGAUGGUGCCACGGCGCCCCGGCCGUCCUCAUCCUCAUCUCUACCUUCCUCCGCCGCGCACGCACCUCCAAAACCCUCGGCGCGGCGCUCUCCGCCCACCCCGACCUCGAGCCGUCCAUCCUGUCCGCCGCGCGGAAAGCCGCGGAGCUCGUGUACCGCCGCGGCUUCCUCCGCAAGGGCGUCGGCCUUUGUCACGGCGUCGGCGGGAGCGUGUACGCGCUCCUCGCCGCAUCUCAGAUUCUCGACACCGACACCAUCGCUCGGGAUGCGGACGAACAGCGGGAUGGGGGAGGUGAGGAAGGCGGCGAGGGAGGAGAGACGCUGCGCAAGGCGGCGCACCUUGCGUUGCUCGCGGCGGACUGGGCGCCGUUGACGGAGGAAGGGGUGAUGAGCACGCCCGACCGGCCGUGGAGCUUGUACGAGGGCGCGGCUGGGAUGUGCUGCGCGUGGGCGGACCUACUCAGGGCGCUGGCGGGGAAGGAGGUGAUUGGUAUGCCUGGAUACGCGGAUAUACAAUAUAGUCGGUAA